AUGUCUCCAGACAAGUACAACUUGGCAGACAAACCUCAAGACUUUGUAUCUUCUCAGUCGGUACCAUUCAGGAGAAAUAGUCUUCUACACAUGAUUGGAUCAUUUGGAGCAGGAACUUCUGCCCCUACCUCUAGAAGCAAUCUUAAGAGACAUAGAAGUGAUAACUGA